CUCCGUCAAGAUGUCUAUAUAAAAGAAGAGUACCAUUAUUUAAGCGUGCCUAAAGUUGCAACAUUCACAGUGUACGACAGCCUUGACUGCGCCUUUAAAUGUCUCCGCAAUCCUUCCUGUUUGUCAAUCAACCUGGCAGCUUCCAAAGGAGCAGAUGGAAAGUUGUGGUGUGAGUUGUUAUCCUCAGAAAAGUACAGCAACCCUAAGGAGUAUAAAAGGAACAAGAGUUUUCAUCACUUUUUCCAAAUGGUGGGAAAAAUUCUUAACUCCAUGUUUACGUCGCGUACCAGGAUAGUUAUAUCUUAAUAACCCCCCCCCCGCCCCCGCCCCUACCUACAUCAAAAAAACAAAAUAAUAGUAACGUUAAUGACGCCAAUCUUUAUGAAUUCUCUUACAACCCAUGACAGAUCAGAGAACACUUCUGGUCGGGAUUGGCCUGUCUAUUAACCUAUUCGCUCUUAGAGAUUUUGCCGAAAAACGCGUUCUUAAAAUGAAACCACUUACAGCCAAUUCAGAACCACCAGACUGCCUGUGCCGAGACUUGAACAGCCUCCCGCUGUGAGGAGGUCGAAAAGAGUUAGAAGUCGACCAAAAGCUCUGGGCGACUAUGUUCAGUAUUGAACUUGACUAUGACCUAGUCACUUGCAUGUUUCUUUAUGUGACAAGAGACAUUGUUACAGAGUUUAUAAGUUAAGGACUUUGAACAAGAAAAAGUUUGUUUACCUUGUUUGUUUCAAAUAAGACCGUAUUAGCUUUUUCAUUUGUUUUGCUGCGGAAUAUAUGUAAGUUUUUGUGCGAGAAAGAGAGAUCUAGAGAAUGUACUACAGUGUACAGCGGUUUUGGCCCUUACUUACAUCCGGGACUUGCAUCCUGGUUGAUUGAAAUGAGAGAGAGCGCGCGAAGAGAGUUGUUACUGAGUGUUCGGGCGGCCGUGUUGUUUUUAAGCCCUUUCAAUACUACAGUGAUCCCCAUUUUAAUUCUACAAUGUUAAAAGUUAUGAUAGGUGAAAAAUACAACGGAAAAAAUGGUUAUCUUGUUCAAUUAGAAACAUAAAAGCGAAACAUCAUAAAGGGCUGUAAUUUUAAAGAGUUUUGGUAACUGUGACCUUCAUAGUGUCUUAAUUAGAAUGUAAUACAGCCGCCGCCCGGCCAAUCGCUCCGGUCCAGGCUACAAGGGAUAUUUUCGAGAAAGGCGUUCUCUCGCGAAACGUCUUAGCGAAAGAAAGUGAAUUGAGAGCCAGCUGUAUCACAGGCUAAGCUUCUUCUCAAGACGAACUGUCCCUGUAACUUUACAAAAAUGUCUUUUAGCAACAUUUUUCUAUCGAUCAAAGGUUCGUAUCCAUUGUUAUUUGCAGUCUCCAUGCAUGUCAUCACCGUGCCAAAACGGAGGCACCUGUGUAGCGAACUACAAAAAUUACAAUUCCAUGGAAUGCCAUUGUAAAGAGGGUUUUUUUGGAGAAUUUUGCGAAACAGGUAAUGGCUCUGAAUAA